AUGUCAGUUUUGUUGACUUUAGCUACAAUUCUCACCCUCUAUGGAAUCCUGACUGCUCUUCGAAUUGGAUCUCGGGAUGAGAGGCUUCCCCCAGGCCCACCAACCCUUCCAGUGAUAGGAAAUAUCCACCAGGUAGCAUCCAAGGGGUUAUACCGGCAAAUGAAGAAAUGGGGAGAUAAAUACGGUGGAGUCUUCUCUCUGAAACUGGCAAAUGCAACAAUGGUGGUGUUGAAUGAUCGAGAGGCAAUCCAGGAGCUGACAGAAAAGAGAGGAGCUCUUUACUCCGAUCGCCCCCUUGACGAGGUUGUGUCCAUUGUGGGCCAGCAUAACUUUGCCUUUUGGGAUGCAAAUGCUCUCUGGAGGUCUGAGCGAAAGGUCGCUGCGGCUGCCCUUUCCCCAAGCCGGCUUGAUGGCGAACUUGGCUUGGUUCAAGAGGCGGAAGUGGCCAUGUUCAUAAUGGACUUACUGACCACUCCAGACAAUUUCUUCUUUCAUAUCAAACGCACAGUUUCAUCAAUUGCAAAUAUCAUUGUGUGGGGGUUUAGGGCAUCGUCGUAUGAUGACUGGUGGGGUCAUACUGUGCAUGAUGUAUCUUACAUAUUAUUUAAAUUCCUGGAGCCCGGCUCCUAUCCUCCGGUUGGGCAGCUUCCUUUCUUGAGGUAUCUUCCCGAUUUUCUGAGCCCAUGGAAAACCCGUGCGUCUCAAAUCAGUCAAGUUAUUAGCGACACCUGGGCUGAAGCUCGACGGCGUCUGGAAGCCAGGCGUCUGAAGGGGGACAAAAGGUCAAGCCUAGCAGACAGACUGCUAGACGGAACUCAGACAAUGGAUCUUCCGUUGGAUACCGAGAGGGAGAAUUGUUUCCUUGGGAUACUAGUUGAAGGAGGAGCAGAAACUACGGCCAGUAGCCUGGAAACAGCUUUUCUAUUCCUAGCUGUUCAUCCUGAGGUACAGAGGAAAGCUCGUCGAGAGAUCGAUCAAGUCUGUGGGCCAGACAGGGUACCAACUUGGUCCGAUUUCUCAAAACUGCCAUACAUCAACUGUAUUAUCAAGGAAAGUUUACGCAUCCGGCCAAUCGCUCCGCUUUGUUUUCCACAUCGUGUAAGGGAAAACGACUGGUACCGAGGGAUGCUGAUCCCGAAAGAUUCAAUUAUUAUAAUCCCCACCUGGGCGCUUCACCACGAUGAAGACUUGUACCCUGAUCCAGAAACGUAUAACCCAGACCGCUUCCUCGGACAUCCAGGCCUGGCUCCUGAUUAUGCUGGAAAGGGCGAUCCCAUGACGAGAGAUAAGUUAUCAAGUCGCCGCAUCUGUCCCGGUAUUCACGUUGGAGAACGCAGCCUCUGGCAUAUGAUUGCGACGACUCUCUGGGCAUUUGAAAUCGGCCCAAAAACCGAUCCUAUAACUGGAAAGACCGAAGACUUAGAUACGAGUGCAUAUGUUGAGACAUUGAAUCAUCAUCCAAAGCCGUACGAGGUCGAUCUCAAAGUGAGGAGCGAAGGCCAUGCAGAAACUAUUAAAAGGAAAGCAGCCCGUGCCUCGGAGUUCCUUAGCCAAUUUGCUGAAUAG